AGUCAGUCUCUCUCCACAGAGUUGACUAUGUUGCUGUAUCCGUCUAUUGAAUUAUUUAUUUUAUAGUAUCUGAUUCCUGAUAGUCUUUUGAAAAACCUCGGAUUUGAACUCUGGAGCAAACUCACGCCAGAUGCCCAAGCGACAUCUUGUUCGGUUAGUUUUCCCAGGUCUACGGACUAGAAGGCUGGGCAAAAGAGGGAGUACCAGGUACCAUUACGAUGGAAUAGCUAUCAAGAGCAGCUCUUCCUUUUAUGCACGUUAUUGUUCUCUUCUAUCUGAAAACAAUCAUCACAGAACCAGCACUCCAGGGGAAGCGAGCAGCUCUACGCAGCAGCUGAGCACCUAUGCAAUCACCAGUAGAAAUGUCUGCGGCUCUGGAGAUGCGCCUGGUUACAGGAGCAACAGCCAAAAAAUAAGAACAAGCGAGACUUUGCACUGUUUUCCAACUGUCAUUUAUCUGAAGACUGAACAAGAGACGCCUUGGCCUGAACUGAGCAGUUACUGCCUUUGGGAGCAAGAUAUGGGGAAGAAAUAUCCCUACGAAAUGAUUGCACUGAUUGCCAAUGAGUACUACAGCCAUUGUCAAGAUAUUUUACACAUGGUGAGAAACAGCCAGUUCAACAAGGUGGAACGCUGUAUCAUGUCAUUCUGGAGGUCUCUGCAGCCUGAAGGAAUAGCACUGAUGUGCUUGCCAGGUGUAUGCAAGCUGUUCAAAAGCUAUGAUAGGCAGCUAUUCAAGGAAAUUGAGAACAUCCUAUUUCAUGAUUUCCUGGAGGAAGUGUCCAUACAACAUGUGAAGUCAGUCACAUUGUUCAGUGAAAACAUUCAGGUUUGGCUGCUUAAUGCUUUGGAAGAAUUUCCAUUACUGAUCCAAACAUCCAAAUCUGAGGAAGUUACACUGUUUAUAAAAAGACUCAGGAGGAAGAUUGACCUUUCUAGCAUGGCCGAGACAAUGAGAAAAAUCCUUAACAGCAACAACAAAGUCACUGCUCUGAGAUCAAACUUGCAUGCUAUCAUCAAUCAGGGACUUCUGGAGAUGCCUGGAAACAUCUUUGAAACUAAUUGUAAAAAUCCAGAGGAGCUGCAGAUUGACAUAGGAGUCAAAUGUUUGAACGACUUACUGCCUUUGCUGGCACCUUACACAGAUAUUCGGGUUCUCCUGAGCUGCAUGUCUUCAAAUCUCCAGGCUUUUGUCAUUAAGCCAAGCAGAAGUAAAGAGGAGUUCAGAAAACUGGCGUCAGAUUUCCAGUUGAGAUGGAACUUCCUACUGAGUGCAGUAAGCAAAGCUAUGACUCUAAACUGUGGACACAGUUUUGGACACUGGCAUUUGUUUAAUUUGCUACUCAUGGAUUAUGUGGCUCACAUUUUCCUGUCCUAUACAGAGGAGGAAGAUGAAAAUUUCUGUUUUGCAAUGCAAAAUGAGCCUCCUGUUCUUUGGCUUUACGGGCCCAGCAAUACCUACAGCUAUUUUGCAGAGGAGCAACAUCAAGCCGACUCUCCACGAACAGCUUUCACAGCUGUGACACUGAGCCAGAAUAACUUUGGAUUAACCAACACCUUUCCAGAGUUUUGAAGUGUUCGGUGGACACGGCCAUGGGCAGCAAGCUCAUCCAGGUCGAUAACAGAAGAGAAUUACUUAAACCUUUACCAAGUUGGAUCUUCCAGUUAAAAGGGAAGGACUUCUUACUCAAAAAGACAGACAGACAUUUUAUUUCUGUUUCUGAUGAACAGAAAAUCUUCAGAGAAAACCAGCCUGAUUUGAAAAUUCCUUAUGUUACACUACUCCGACUUUUUGACAUAAUUUUAAGAAAAACUGUUUUUAUUCUCUUAAAUUUAUCACCUUUUUCUGGAAGUACUAAAUGUGGAGCCGUGCUAGCCACACUAUUAUUUUAAGCUGUCAUAUGAUUCGUUUAUUUGAAUUUACAUGAAUAAAACUUCAGAAGACAAAGGUGCAACAUUUGUGGCUUUUUUUAAAUAUAUUUCUUGUAUUUUUUUGCCACCAGUAAAACUGAAGGCCUAUCUGAAGUAAUUGUAAUAAAUUUAUCUGGAAGAUACAGAAUAGAUGAAUCACUUUAUGUCAAUGCUGCUUUAUGUCUACAGCACAGUAUUUAAUAUUUAUAUUUAUUGCAUAUAGAACUCGACAGUAAUUCUUAUCUUUUGAAAAAUUCUUGCUUUGUUUCCCAUUUCUACAGGGUAAAAGAGUAUAACCUUUAAUUGUAUUAGCCAAAAUACAAUAGGUUGUAUGCAAUGUUAUUGAUUUAUCUAUGUCAGCCCAGGUUGUUUAAACUCUUUCUAUAAGCAAAAUACAAGCAAAGACUCUAUAAAG